CCACCAAUGCGAGGCUAACUGGCGUUAGCAACCGGGAGCGGACAUGUUGUGCCGACCCUUCCUUGAAUAAACAUCGCAGUGAACGGGGAAUCGGGAGUUGAGGGGGCGACUCGGAGCGCUCGGCAAUCAUGGAUGCCGUCAACGCCUUUAACCACGAGCUAUUCUCACUGAUGGACUCUAAGCCCCCAAUAUCUCGGGCUAAGAUGAUCUCCAUCACUAAAUCGGCCAUCAAAGCUAUGAAACUCUACAAACACGUGGUCCAGAUUGUGGAAAAAUUUAUCAAAAAGUGUAAGCCUGAGUAUAAGGUAGCAGGGCUCUACGUGGUGGACUCCAUCGUUAGGCAAUCCAGACACCAGUUUGGAGCGGACAAAGAUGUGUUUGGCCCAAGGUUCACCAAAAACAUUACCGUAACGUUUGAGAACCUCUGCCUUUGCCCUGUAGAGGACAAGAGUAAGAUUGUGCGAGUGCUAAACCUGUGGCAGAAGAAUGGAGUGUUUAAGAUCGAGGUCAUUCAGCCUCUUCUGGACAUGGCAGCUGGAUCCAGCAGUGGUGCCGCACCGUAUGCAGGCACAGAUGAGCCAGGUUCCUCUCCUCCUCCAGCCAAAGAACCAGUUACUGUAGUAACUGCAAACUCCACCAUGACAUCUGCUGCUCAGCUGCACAACUCUGAUGCCUUUGCUGCGGUGGCACAGCUCUUCCAGUCUUCACAGGGCCAGCAGCUUCAACAAAUGCUCCAAAACUUUCAGCAGCAGCCAUUGAAACACGAGACCAACGCUCAGCCUCCACUCCACACUGUUCAAACACAGCCCCAAAACAUAUCCGCCGGCUCAGGCAUGAUCGUCCCACAUCCUCCGCUGCCCUCACAGCCGACUCAGCCUACGCAGCAGAAAUCAGCUUUUGACAAGAAGCUGCUUGAUCGUUUCGACUAUGACGAUGAGCCUGAAGUGGGAGAAGAAGCAAAGAAGGAAGAAAUCACCUCUCAGCCCUCUUUCAUGCAGCAGCCUCCAGCCUUCCCACAGCACAUGGAGCACUUUAAACCACCGAUGGUGAACAUGUCACAAGACCACACACAACAGGUUCCUCUCCCUCCAAACGGCCAGCUUCAGGUCUGUGGGUUACCGCCAGGACAAGCCUUCCCAGUAACGAUGCCUCCCAUGGGGCACGUUCUGCCUGGACAGCCCCUCCCUGGUUCCACUGGGCUUCCAGGCUUCCCAGGGGCAUUUCCUUUACACGGUUCAGCCCAGCAACAACAGGAUCUGUCAGUGGAUAUGGACCAUUCAUCUAUGAUAUCAAGAGAUGGCAGACACAUUCAGCGGUCGCGCUCUGGCUCCAGAUCUCCUAAGCGAAGACGAUCACGGUCCAAUUCCCGCUCUCGUCGAUCCCGGCACAGACGAUCCCGCUCGCGCUCCAGAGACAGGCGCCACCACUCGCCACGCUCCCGUUCGCAGGAGCGCAGGGAGAGAGAGAAGGAGCGGGAGAGACGGCAGAAAGGCCUGCCGCCUCCCAAGAACGAGACACUAAGCAUUUGCAGUACGACUCUCUGGGUGGGCCAGUUGGACAAAAGGACUCAGCAGCAAGACGUGGCCUGUUUACUUGAAGAGUUUGGCCAGAUCGAGUCCAUCAAUAUGAUUCCUCCACGUGGCUGUGCUUACAUUGUUAUGAUACAUCGACAAGACGCCUUCAGGGCUCUGCAGAAGCUCAGCCGAGGGUCGUACAAGGUGAACCAGAAAUCCAUCAAGAUUGCUUGGGCUUUGAACAAAGGCAUAAAGGCUGAGUUCAAACAGUACUGGGAUGUGGAGCUUGGCGUCACAUACAUACCGUGGUCUAAAGUCAGGGAAGACCAGUUGGAGGAGCUGAAAGAAGGAGGAAUACUGGAUGUUGACACAUUAUCGCCAGAGUGGAGUAGCGUGAGGAAGGCACUGGACCUCCCAGAAGAGCUUACCCACAAUGGUCGUUCAGACCAGCAGCAGCACGAAGAGCCACAAGUGAUACCUGUGGCUGCGCCAGCUCCUCUGCCUGCACAGGUUCCACCAAUGCAGCAACCGAUGGUCGGCGUCGGUUCCCUCCAGCCUCCUGUCUUCCCGGGUCCCAUAGGCAUGCCUCCGCCUUCUUUCCCGCCAGGUGUCCCCCCUCCUCCUUUCCUGAGACCUGGCUUUAACCCUCUGCAGAUGCCGCCAGGUUUUCCUCCACCAGGUGCCAUGCCUUUAGGCCCUCCACCACCGUCCAAAGUUGGUGUUGAAGAUCCACCUCUGGACCCAGCAGGUCUGGGCAGCAGGAAGACCGACGAAGUCCUCGAGGGUCCAAACAUUUUCAACAACCAGAUGGGACAUUUGGGUAACCAGGUAGUCCUACCUCCAGGUGGACCACCACCAGGCGCCCUUCCUGGUGGGCACCCUGCAAACAUCCCGCCCCCUGCUGGUGGUCUUCUGGGUGCACGCCCCGGUAUUAUUCCACUCCAGCGCCCUCCCGGCCCCCCACCACCACACAUGCAGCGUUUCCCUCCACCUCAUGCGCCGAGACCACCUCACCCCAGCAUGCCCCCGUUGCCUCCUCAGAUUUUGGCUCGAGGGCCACAUCCACAAAUCAUCCACCAUGAACCCCCCAAAGGAGGGUUCGGGAUGCCGCCUCCACCCAAUAUAAGGGCUCCUUUUCCUCAUGGGCACGGCCCUCUACCUCCUCCUCAAGGACCUCCUCCUCCCUUUAUUAGACCGGGAGUCCCUCGUGGCCUUGAAGGGCCAGAGGAAAUGGAAGGCAGACCGUUCAGGGGGGACCGGCCAGGGUUCAGGGAGCGUGAGCUGGAGAGAGACAGAGACUGGGAUCGAGACAGGGAUAGAGACAGGGACAGGGACAGAGAGCGGGACAGGGGUUUUGGAGGUGGAAGACGUUCAUUUGGCGAUGGCGGGAGAGGAGGGGGCGGCGAUAAAAUGGAUGGCAGGGAAAGGCUGGGAGGCUGGCAGGAAGACGGAGGGGACCACCGUGGAGGAGGAUGGGAAAGAGACCGGGAUCGGGACAGAGAUCGAGAUCGGGACAGAGACAGAGAUAGACGGGACUGGAGGGAGAGGCGAAGCAGCCUGGACACCGACAGGGAACGAGGGAGGGGCGACGACGGCGAGAGGGAACGGGGGAGGGGCGAGGGCGGAGAAAGAGGGCGAGGGGAAGGAGCAACUCGUGACAGGAGCAGAGGAGCCGACGGGAAAGGAGAGAGGCCACGGAGGCCGGAGCGUCGGGAGAGGGCCUCGCGGUGGGAUAAGGAUGACCGACUGGCUGAAAUCGAGAGCAUGGAAAAAUUUCGGACCUCUAACAGCACAGAGCAACCUCGUGUGAUUCCCGUGGCGUCCGCAGACAGUAAAGUAGCAGACGUGCAGGCUCCUGAAAAGAAGCCCGAAUCAGAACUGCCAGCUGCGCCUCCACAGGAAACUCCGGCUACAGGAGAUCCGGCGCCCCCCGGGCCCUCGCCGGCACCUCAGAGUGAGCCCACAGAAGAAAAGCAAGAAGCAGCAUCUUAGACGACCGUGGAUCACUGAACGACGAGGAGAGAAAAAAAAGCCGCUGCAGAGAUGGACUCUGACUCAUCAGUUUCUCGACCGGUAAUUGACAGUUUUUGGGCAGUAAUGCAAUUUGUUCAAAACAAACAAACAAACCUCCCACUUCUAAAACACAUGAAAAAAUAAUCUGGCUCCACAUAAUCAGCCAUUCCUUUUGGUCUGAAAAAAACCAAAAAAAACCAAAUUGGCUCUUAACUGUAGUUCCCCUCCUUGCUGCACGUUAUAACAACGAACAGUGCGUGCAUGUUAACUCGGCUCUGUUCAUGUUUGGGUUUUUGUUUUAAUUGGUUUAUUUUUAAUGUGCGUCCUCAUUUAUGUGUCAACAGAAAAUUUUCGAUGUAAAUUCUUUUAGAAUAAGUUUUAUUAAUGCACCACAAUGCCAUGUCAAACACUGAAUAUCAUCUCAGCAAACUUUGAAGCGCCUUUUGAAAAGAAAAACAAAAGACUUAGUGUUGUUUGAAAAGUCUGUGGUGGCCUUAAAGUCAGACGUGUCUCUCAGUGAGAGCGUUGUCGUGGAUGUUGGUUUAAAUUCAGUACCAGAUUAAGCCAGUUACGCUCAAUGUGUUCACACUUGUCCGGUUUUCUGGUCCAUACUUUUUCUUUUCUUCUGUGGCGAUGUGUCAUCUGCAAGUACCUCCCAAAACACUGCGGUGUGCUGAUUUUUAUUUUUUUAAUCCAACUAAGAACUAAAAGACUAUAAAUUGUAUGGAGUCAUAACAGCAGCAGAAAUUCCUCUGGUGCACCAGUGAUUAACAGUUUCUACAGUCCACAGUGUUCUAUGUUAAAUCAGUUGAUUGUUCUUUGAUCCCUACUACGAUCAGAUUCCCAUUAGAAUUUAUUCACAUCACAGCCGAGAGCCAUUUCUGUCCACCAGGGUACAGAUGGAAGCGUUGACAUGCCCUCAAAUGGGAAACAUUAACUCAGUAACUGUUCAAGGGUUUUGCUUUAACUGGAUCAAACCUGACAAGUGUGAACACACUCAUGAAUUUCAUCUUCUUUCACCUUUUGAACCACGUCAGGCAGAAUAAAGACGAGUGUUUUUGUCAUUCUGCCAGACGGUCGGAUCCUGUGACUGUUAUAUCUGAUGUUAUGUUAAAUGUACUCAUUUUAUCUGUACUGACACUUUCUAGAUUAUUGACUAAUUUGGUAGAGUUUAGAAAAUGCACACGCGUCACAUGCUUCAUUCACUUUUCAGUUGUCACUUCAAAGCAAACCUUUUGUUACGAGUAUGUGACACCAGCUAUAGUCGGCCAAAACUUAAGAUUUAAAUCACUCCGCCUUUGCUUAUGAUGGACUAGCAGGCCAAGAGACUUUUCAACUAACACAAUGUAAGAAUGUCAAAGGACAGUGAGGAAGAGUCGUAAUGUGACACAUUUCACUUUAUACAUUUAGGCAGUGAGUAUUCAUUUGUAGUUUGUUUCAAAUACAGCCACGACAUAAAAUCAAAUGAUUUCCCUUAAAUGUUACGCGUGACAGAUUUUGCAGAACUGCUGGGAAAGGAAGCAUUGUUACUUUGUGAAGAGGGAUAUGAUCUUUGUCUUUGAUGUACUGGCUAUCAGCUAGCCGAUUGUGAAUUUCAGAGUAAAGAAAACUACACCGGCAGUUGAAGCUGAACGCUUUGCUUGAAGUUAGGAAACAUUUCACUCCAUUGCUCAAAAUUGCUCAGAUGACAAAAAGAACUAAUCAAGGUGAAAUCCAUCAUGCUUUUAAUUUAAAGUGAACAUAAAGGGUGAACAGCAGCCAUAUGUGAGCCUGUGUCCAUUUAAGUUUUUUUUUUUUUUUUUUUUUUUUUUCCUUUGACUGCAGGAAAGGCAGGAGGAACUUAAAAUCAAACUAUAACUGAAUUGUUUAAUUUUCUGUUCGUACAUCAGUCAAACUUGGUUUUGGAAACUGAAAAAUACAAUAUAAACCUGUAACUGAUUUAUUUGUUUCCUUUUGUGAACGACAUCCUACACAGUUUGUGUGUGUUCCAUUGAGGAAAAACUGUUUGGGCUUUUAGUAUGUUCUCAUGUGAGGAGUCCGUAUUCUGCAGCCGGAGGCGACGAGGGUGAAUUUUCAGCGAUGAUAUGAAGAGUAUUGCUCAAGACACUGCUGUAAAUAUGCUUGUAUCACUGGCGAGUCUCGAGGUGUCAUGGUAAUUAUUGUUAAUAAUCUGUGAUUUCUUUACCUGAGCAAAACAAGUCGUCUCGGAAGGAACGACAGAGGCCCUUUGCUUUAACGUUUUUAACUCCUACUGGUGUGAAGACAGAUGUUUCUAUGAUUUGGUAAAAAUACAAAAGACAUUGACAUUAAAAGUCUUCAAUAUUUCAGCCAUAGGAAAUGGUUUUUAAUAAACUAUUUUUGUACCAA